UAUAAAAUAAAAUUGUGCUUCACGUUGCAAACAGUUUGAUUUCAUAACACAGGACACAGGACUUUCUUUCUCUCUAUCUCUCUCUCUCUUGAGUGAAAUGAGUGACGCCAAAGCGAAGCGGACGUCAAAGUCAACGCGCAACUCGCCGCGUCUCUUUGAGGCGGAUGAGUUGGCGCCGCUUAUGCAACCGUUGCAACUGUUGCAAGCCAGGACUCAGACACAGAAGCAUCGCCCCAAGUCUGAGAUACUGCGUGAACUGAGACGUUUGCGUGCCACGUCCACAAGCCUCGACGACGAAGAGAAGGAGAAGGAAAGGGAAAAGAAGGCGCAACAAACAGGAAUAAAUGUGAAACCUUUGCGAACGCUGGAACAGCUCGAUGCACUGCGUCUGACGCGGCAUCGCAUCAAGCAGCUGCUCGACUGCAGCAGCUUCGAUCAGGUGGUCAGCAAUUGUUUUGUGCGUCUCAAUGUGAGUGCCCCGAAUGCUCCGCCCGAGUAUCGCAUUGCGGAAAUCGUGCUCGUCGAGCAGCUGACAGAGGGUUACUACGUGGACAAGCUCGCCACGAAUAUUGCCCUUCAUUUGCGCUACGAGGAUCUCGUGCAGCGUCACGAACUCAACGACAUCUCGAACAUGGCAUUCACCAGCGAGGAGUUCGAACUGUGGCGCGACAAUUGCAUUUGUCAGGCCAUUGAGUGGCCAACCACAGAGUUGGUCGCUCGCAAGAAGAUCGAGUUGUAUAAUGCCCUAAACAGCGAGGGCAACAAGCUGCCGACGAUGAUGCUCCACAAGAACGGAUUGCUCACCACUGUGAUGCCAAUGCGGCCAAUGCCACGCGGUGGUUUACUGGAGCGAUUCGGUGGCAAGUAUCCCUGGAAGUUGCAACGUCCGUCGCCCAAGGAGAAGUUAAAUGCGAGUGAUGAUGCUGCUGCUACUGAUGCUUCAGGGAAUCGCGUCGUUGAGCUGGAGGCGAUCAACAAAGAGCUGGAACUGCAACGUAAAGCGAAACUUGGCUAAAGCGAACUUUUACAACUUUGUCUUCGACAUCAAAUUCCGAAAUCGAAUUGUUCUCUUUCAUGGUUCCACUUUCAUAAUUAUAUUAUAUUAUUAUAU